GCCUUCGAAGGCCAUCCUGGUCUUCGAGACAAAAAAGGGCAAGCGGACAGUGGCUCUUCCGAACAGACCGCCCGGCUUCUCCAUCCGUUUUCCACCGAUGGAUGUCAUCCGGGUGGUGGGACCUCCCGCCUCGACGGUGGGUAUUGAGGUGGGGUGGAAGCUGGUGGCAUGGGGACUGAGUGAGGAUGAGUUGCACUCCAAGUCUACGAUUUCAGACACCGGUACUCUCCGCGACAGCUUCACCAAUCUGAUCAAGAGCCUGCCGCGCUUAGAGCCCGCAGGAACCUCGGCCAAGGGCACUGAAGCGCCGUCUAAAGACGACCAGCCCGGUAGUGGCGAGGUUGCGGCAGUGAAGCCUGGACGAUGGGUGUACGAGCUCGAUGUGACUGUGGAAAAGGCGAACAAAUUGCGCGAUGCAGAUUGGGCUCCGGGUGGGGGAUCUUCGGACCCCUAUUGCGUCGUGGCGGUGCAGGGCAAGGGCAAGUCCAGCUUCAAGACGAAGGUCGUGCAGAACAAUCGGGAUCCAGUCUGGAAUCACACCGCCAAGAUCCACGACAUGCAUGAUGGUGACCAACUUUGCUUCGAGAUUCUGGAUCACGAUGUGGUUGGAAAGCACGAUUCUCUUGGCAUCGCAUCUAUAGGCUGGGAGGAGCUUCAAGAGGAGGGUCCGCAGAGCUUCCUCCUCCCGCUGGAGAGCACUGGCAAGAAGAAGGCCAACAAGGAAUCGGUCAUCUCUGUCAAAGUGACAGUGGCCAAAAGGAAGCUCGAGAUGGGCAAUGCUUUCUCCUCGACGAACCUCGAGGGCAUGUACAAGUUGCAGGUCAACAUCAUAUCUGCUCGUAAUCUACGAAACGCUGACCACUUCAUGGGCGGCGGGAGUUCCGAUCCGUACUGCAAGUGCUACGUCAAGGGGACGGGCAAGACUCAGUACACGACCAGGACCAUAAACGAUAGGACCGAUCCGGAAUGGAAUGAGCAACUUGUGGUUCCAGACUUCUACAAGGAUGACAAGCUGAUGUUCGAGAUCUACGAUAAGGACGUGGGGAAAAAGGACGACUUCUUGGGUAAGGCUGAAAUUCCCUUCUCGCAGGUCGCGGCUCAUG